CUGUCCGCUAAAAAACGCGUUCCAGCAACAGGGUGCCUUCAUUGCACAGAAUCUGCCUUUUCCUCAACUUUUUUUUCCGCCGCUCAGACUGCUGCUGUUAUUAAGACAAGGGGAAAGGAAGUAGCGACAGGCUAGCACAGGUUAGCCGGUCGGAAAGCGACUUCUGUUUAGAAACGGGUUUUUUUUUAAACGUCUUUAUAUUAACACAUUUUUUUUUCUUUCGAAACGACUUCGUGUGACAUUUUCUCAAAGGAAAGGAUGCGUUUUCGCUCCCCCGGUCGCUUCGGUGUUUCCUUUUUUCAGCCGCCGGAUUCAAGCCUCCCUUCAGUUUUGACAACACUGAGCUUUGUCUGACUCUCUGAGUGAGUGCGCCCGGGACUUCUUCGUUCUUCGAGGCGGUUAGAGAAAGGAGAAACAUCUGAAGCGGGCUUGAAAAGAAAAAACAGGAAAAAAUAUUUACGUUUUUUCCAACGGUCGCAGGGAAUACCGAAGACUCCAGCAGGACAAUGAGACAAGCCACAGAAAGGGGUGCCGCGUGGUGAGACAGGCGGUGGCUGUGCGGCAUGCUGAGGCCACUCCCCCUGGCUCAGGAUGAGUGUCAUAGAUGGCGCUGCCACCAUGGCAACAAAUGGAGGUGGAGGGGGAGGCGGGCUAGUCGGCGCAGGAGGCCCUAAAGACGACGAUGGCCGCACGUACCUGCUUCAGAUCUAUCCACGGCUGGCUGGGCAGUCCUCCGCAUGCUGCGAUCUGAAGGUGCAGAAGGAUGCAACAGCAGCCUCCGUGAUCGCUGAAGCUGCAGCAAAACUGGGGCUGGACCCCAGCCGUCUGUACGUGCUGGCAGAGGUGAAGGAAUGCGGUGGAGAAGAGUGGGUGCUGGAGGCCGGAGACCAGCCUGUACAGAGGUUUCUGUUGUGGCCUCGGAAAGCCCAGGAAAAACACCCUCAGAGCUUUGGCUUUUACUUCCUACUUCAGGAGAGGAAUAACGACGGCUCCAUCCAUUACGUACACCUCCCACCUUUGACUAAGGACCAGGAGGUACAGCGGCUUGCCGACAGGGGCUUUCUUCCACCACCUCAGGAUGAUUUUGCAGAUCUCUGCAACCUCCCCGUCCUCAAUGAGGACGGCAUAUUAAACAAUCUGCGCUCACGCUUUUACAAGAAAGAGAUCUACACAUACGCAGGCAGCAUUCUCAUCGCCAUCAACCCCUUCAAGUUCCUACCCAUCUACAACCCAAAAUACGUGAAGAUGUACGAGAACCACCAGCUGGGCAAACUGGAGCCUCAUAUUUUUGCCAUCGCAGAUGUGGCUUACUAUGCAAUGCUCAGGAAGAAAGUCAACCAGUGUAUCGUCAUCUCUGGGGAGAGUGGCUCGGGCAAAACCCAGAGCACCAAUUUUUUGAUCCACUGUUUGACCGCGCUUAGCCAAAAGGGCUACGCCAGCGGAGUUGAGAGGACCAUUCUUGGAGCUGGACCAGUACUAGAGGCCUUUGGCAACGCCAAGACGGCUCACAACAACAACUCCAGCCGCUUCGGUAAAUUCAUCCAGGUGAACUAUCUGGAGAGCGGAGUGGUCCGAGGGGCUGUGGUGGAGAAGUACCUCCUGGAGAAGUCUCGCCUGGUCUCCAGAGAGAAGAACGAGAGGAACUACCACGUGUUUUAUUACCUGCUGUUGGGCGCUUCAGAGGAAGAAAGGAAAGAAUUCAAAUUGCUGCCACCUGAAGAAUAUUUCUACCUCAAGCAGGAAAACUUUAAGAUCGAGGAUGAGGAAGAUUUGCGUCAUGAUUUCGAGCGGCUGCAGCAGGCGAUGGAGAUGGUUGGCUUCCUUCCAGCCACCAAGAAACAGAUCUUUUUGGUUCUUUCUGCCAUCCUCUAUCUGGGUAACGUGACGUACCAGAGGAAGUCAAACGGCAGAGAUGAGGGUUUGGAGGUGGGGCCACCAGAGGUCCUGGCGACCCUGUCUGACCUCCUAAAGGUUAAAGAGGAGCUGCUGGUUGAAGCGCUGACGAAGAGGAAAACGGUGACGGUCAACGACAAGCUCAUCCUGUCCUACAGCCAGUCUGAGGCCAUAACCGCCAGAGACUCCAUGGCCAAAUCCCUGUACAGUGCCUUGUUUGACUGGAUCGUCCUGCGCAUUAACCAUGCAUUACUCAACAAAAAAGACAUGGAGGAGUCUGUUCCAUGCUUGUCAAUCGGCGUCCUGGACAUUUUUGGCUUUGAGGACUUCCCCAACAACAGCUUUGAGCAGUUCUGCAUCAACUAUGCAAAUGAGCAGCUGCAGUAUUACUUCAACAACCAUAUCUUCACCCUGGAACAGGAGGAGUACCAAGCGGAGGGAAUCACUUGGCACAACAUCCACUACACCGACAACGUCGGCUGCAUCCAUCUCAUCAGCAAGAAGCCCACAGGCUUGUUUUACCUACUCGAUGAGGAGAGCAACUUCCCGCAUGCCACAGACGAGACCCUGUUGGCUAAAUUCAAGCAGCAGCACAUGGGCAACAAAUACUUUGUGCCCACGCAGGUCAUGGAGCCCGCCUUCGUCAUUCAGCACUUUGCAGGGAAAGUCAAGUAUCAGAUUAAGGAUUUCCGGGAGAAGAACACAGACCACAUGCGUCCAGAUAUCGUCGCCCUGCUCAGAAGCAGCGACAGCGCCUACGUGCGGCAGCUCAUCGGGAUGGACCCCGUCGCCAUGUUCCGAUGGGGCAUCUUACGCGCCACCAUCAGGGGCAUUUCUGCUUUCAACGAGGCCGGACGCUCCUGGGCAGCCAAGACAUCCGGUGUUGUCCGUCCAAAAUCUAGGACUCCUCUAAGCGAGCUUCAGCGGUCCAAUACCCCGAUAGAAAAAAUGUACAAACGAGCCUCUUUGCUCGAUUUCUACUUUGAUCACUCUGAGGAGCGCCCUCUAGAGGCCUUUGAAGACAUCUUUGCUAGCUUUGAGAAUAAGAAAGAUAUGCAUGCAGAGAUCAUCAGCUCCAUUAAGAACUUGCAGCUGGAUGGGGAGGACCCUCGCAAGCUGCUGCAGUCCUGGGGUCGCCUCCGCUUCCCACGACACAUCCUCCAGAAAAAUAAGAGCAUCAAGCAGAAACAAGCCAUCCCAAAGAGUUUGCUGGACUCACGUUCUCUAAAGCUUAUUGUGAGUCUGACUCUCCAUGACCGCACUACCAAGUCUCUGCUCCACCUGCACAAGAAGAAGAAGACUCCCAGCAUCAGCGCUCAGUUCCAGAACUCUCUGACCAAACUGUUAGAGACUCUUAAUAAGGCCGAACCUUUCUUCAUCCGCUGCAUCCGCUCCAAUGCUGAGAAGAAGGAGAUGUUUUUGGACGAGGCCUUGGUGCUUCAGCAGCUGCAUUACACGGGGAUGCUGGAGACGGUCCGCAUCAGGAGGUCAGGCUACGGAGCCAAAUACUACUUCCAGGAGUUCAUACAGCAGUUCAGAGUUCUGCUGCCAAAGAACGCCUCUGCUUCUAAAGAAGACAUCUCAUUGCUGCUCGAGAAAAAAAUGGGCCUGGACCCCACCAUGUACCAGAUCGGCAAAACCAAGGUGUUUCUAAAGGAGAUGGAGAGGCAGAAGCUCUUGGACAUGCUGCACAAGGAUGUGAUGCAAAAGAUCAUCUUCCUGCAGCGCUGGUUCCGAGCUCGCCUGCAGAGGAAGCAGUUUUUUGAGAUGAAACAAGCAGCUAUUAUCAUCCAACGCUCGUGGCGUGGCUUCUGCAAAGAUGUGCAGACGCGACACGCAGCCACUUUGAUCCAGAGCCUGUGGCGGGGGCACAGACAGAGACUGCAGUUGAAAAAACAAAAACAAGGAGCGACGAAGAUCCAGGCUCUGGUCAGAGGACACUCGGCACGAAGAAGAUGUCAGUCCAUACGAGAGGAGAAACAAAAGAAAGAGGAGGAAGAAGAGGAGAUGAGGAGGAGGGAAGAGGAGGCAAGAAGACGAGCAGAAGAAGAUGCAAGGAGGCUGGCUGAGGAGGAGGAGGAGAGGAAAAAGGCUGAACAGCUGAGGCAGGAGCAGGAGGAACGACCGGCUGGAGAACCUCAGACGAGAGAAGAUCCAGAUAUAGAGCUGAUAGCCGAGGGAACGCUGGAUAGAAACCUCCCCGUCCUGGGAGAGGACAACGAGGAACAAAAGCAGCUGAACAGGGAGGAGGAGCUUCAGAAGAAGUUUGAUGUGGAUCAUCUGGGCCCCCCGUCUGAGGCUGGAUCUCAGACGAAUAAGGAAGAAGAGCAGAAACCGUCGGACUUGGAGGGAACUGCCUUCACUGGAGAAGCAAACAAAAACUCCACAACUUCUGCCGAAGAAGCCGGACAGAAGGAGACGCAAUUCCAUCCCGUCAUCCGGCGCCCUUCCGCUCAGAGCCAGGAGAAGAGAGAGCAGAGGAGGCGACGAGGCCUGGAGCACAACCAGAGAGAGACCGAACGCGUCGCCUCCACUUCCUCCUCGGCCGCAGGCCAAGACCAGACACCUUCAAAGAGCAAAACCCAGGAAACCUCCGGACCGAAGGAGCGAUCGGAGAUCAAGGAGCUGGACCAGUACACCUUCGUCGCUUGGAAAAUAAAGGAAGACAAGGGAAGCAAAAAGGAGCCCAAACCACCCUCCACCGGCCCUGUCCGUCCAUCUUCUCUACCCCUUCAGCCAGCUGACCUUGAAGGCGAGCCGGGCGACGGUUUGGGGGCUGUGAAUCUCCAUCGCCGCCCAGGAGCAAUAAAGGAAAAGCCGGAGAAAUGGAGGGGAAGGAGGAGUAACGGGGAGAUCGUCCCGGAGACCUCCUCUCCUCCACCUCCAAACAAAGAUGAAAGGAUGAAGGACGCUCCUGGAAGCAAAACAGCAUCUUCUUCAUUUGACCGAUUGUCUCCUGGUUCUGAAGGAGCCAGCUUCGCUCCACACAGAGAGCUUCGUUCCUCACCAGAGAGCAACGGGGACUCCUCCAAAGGAACCUCGUUCAGGCGAAAGAGUCACGAGAGUUCUGGUAGCCAAGACUCGGCCCACCUAGUCGCAGUCACGCCAGACAAGUCAGGUGGUUUUCUCAGCAAAAUCCUGAAAAAACGACCCCACAAGGAGGCUCAGACUCCAGAUAACGGCGAGCUGACGCUGGCUCAGAGUCUCAACCACAAGUCAGCAUCAGGAGAAGGACACUCAUCCAGGCCCAUUUCACAGCCCCACAUCGACCAUCCCGGGAGGACUUUGGGCAAAAACCCCUCCAUCAAGAUCAGCCGGGCCACUCGGGUCUCAGAGCAGCUGAGCGCCUCGCUGGACCGAGAAAUCACCAACACCAACGAGCUGCGUCACCUCCACGAGUUUCUGUCCAACCAGGUUAAUGAUUUCCGCUCUAGAGGAAACCCCAUGUCAGAAACAGAAAAGAUCUUCGUGGAGGCGACCUGGGAGUUCCGGAAAACCAUCAAAUCCAUGUAUUCUCUCUCUAAACCAACAACUGGCUAUAAAGGCCUGAUGGCAGGUUACCAGAACAAAGUCAACCACAUAGCAGGCAGCAAAAACAAGGAGGAAGUCAAACUGGUGGUUAACCUCUUCCAGACCGUGCUGGACGGCUUCAUCAGAGGAGAGAUCAAGAAGGAGGAAGCCGAACCGGCAAAGCCUCUGAAAACCCGGAAGAAAAGAAGAAAAAAGGAUAAAAGUAUGGAGAGUCCUCUGGAUCACGUUUUCAUUAACUAUCAGGUCAGCAUCAUGCAGUCAUGUGACCAAUGCACCUCCUACAUCUGGGCCAUGGAAAAAGCGUACAUGUGUAACUAUUGCAAAAUGGUCUGCCACAAGAAGUGCCUGUCUAAAAUAGUGACCGACUGUUCCUCCUUCUGUGCCAAAAAGAACGACGAGGAGUGCAGCGGCCACCACUUCGGGGUGAGGGUGUGUCGCCUGGUCAAUGAGAAGAACCCGGUUCCCAUGGUGCUGGAGAUGAUGCUGGAGCAUGUGGAGAUGCACGGCCUCUACACAGAGGGCAUCUACAGGAAAUCCGGAUCUGCCAACCGCAUGAAGGAGCUGCACCAGCGCUUAGAGUCAGACCCUCAUGUAGUUUGUCUGGAGGACGAGCCCAUCCACACAGUGACGGGUCUGGUGAAGCAGUGGCUGAGGGAGCUGCCGGACCCGCUGAUGACCUUCACGCUGUACAAUGACUUUCUGCUGGCAGUAGAGCUGCCAGAGAAGCAGGAGCAGCUCCAUGCCAUCUAUAAGGUUCUGGAGGAGCUUCCUCCUGCUAACUUCAACACUUUGGAGCGACUGGUGUUUCACCUCGUCAAGGUUGCUAAAGAAGAGCCUCACAACCGCAUGUCCUCCAACUCGUUGGCCAUCGUGUUUACGCCGUGCGUCCUGCGCUGCCCCGACAGCGAGGACCCGUUCCUCAGCAUGAAUAAUGUCAAAAAAGCAACAAUGUGUUUGGAGAUGCUCAUCAAUGAGCAAACCAGGCGCUACAAUGAAAAAAUGGAGGAGAUUGAGCAGCUAGAAUACGCCGAAGCUCUGGCCGUCAACCAGCUGAAGCUCCGGAGAAAGAACACGCCCUUCCGGCAUUUACCUCUCAGAUUCUCAGCUCCUUACAAAGGAGUGGUGAUGCACGAGAAGGUGACCUCGGAUCUCACCGUGGUUCCGGAGAACGAGCCUCUGGACUCGGACACGGAGGCUGAGAAGAGCCUGGUGGAACGCAUCAAGUCCAUCAGACACGAGAAAGACGACCUGGCCUGCAGACUGCCAGAGAUGGACCAGCCCGGUUCUGACCAGGAGAACUUGGACUCUGAAGCCUCGCUGAGCUCAGAGAGUCUUCUGGACGACCAGCAGCGUUCGGCCCACAGCUCGGAUCCUGACGGUCGAGGUGGCCUCCAGAUCAGGAGACACAGACCCGUUUUCCCCACCAGACCUUUAGAUCUCACCCAAAGGUCCAAACCUCCAGAAAACCUCACUCCUUCCAGCUCCACCUCCUCCCUGUCAAGCUGCGCUUCCACGACCUCCGAGUCCUCAAAGUCCUCCAUCAGGCUUCUGCUGCACCGCCGCAGCCCCAUCAUCCCAGACACCGUCAAACUGCCCCCCGGCGUGCACUCCCAGCCGCCGGCGGGCUUGGGUCCGGCUCAGGCCGGCUCUCCGCCCGGAAGGAUGACGUUUCCGAAUUUGGUCAGGAAAAGAGAAAACCCCGCCCGCCGCAAAGACAGCACCCGCUCGCUGUUCAUCGACAGCUCCGAGUGCGACCAGUUCAGGAGUUUCUCCUCCUGCCCGCCUUCGGCUUCCUCCUCCUCCACCUCCGUCUCCAUGGUUACGGCGUCUCCUCCGCUUCAGCAUCUCACGAUAGGUACCUCAGCAGCCCAGAGACGGUUUUCUGACCCAGACAUACCGUACAUGGAUGAAGAUGUCUGACCAGAAACAUCCGAACAGAGAGGACUGUCUAAAGGCGUUCUGGAGCUGUGUGUGUUCGUGCACACGGACGCGUUCUUCCACAGCUCCACAACAAACUCAAGUUGACUUUAAAAAAACGUGUCUGUAAACUUGUUGAAAGUCUUUUGAAAAAAAAAUAACUGGACAAGUUGUUGGUGAGCACCUUUGCUAACAUUUGAAAAUGUUUUGGUUUACUGAACUGAGCUGAACCCGGAGCUGCAUCUCCUGCAGUUUGUUGUUUUCAUUUUUUUACUUGUGCUAAAUUGAAAAAAUGAUUGCAGCUUUCAUUUGCACUUUUCUUCCUUUUUUGUUUGUUUUUAAGGAGCUAAAAUGCUCACUGAACGGCUAGUUAUUGCCUUUUACAUCCAGUUGAUAACAUUUCCCAUAAUGCUAAGGGAGGAAGAGCUCUUUGGAAGCUUUUUAUCGCGACCAGCUCGUGAACAAACCUUCUUCUUUUAGCCUCAGAUGUCACAGCUUUUAGAUGGCAAAGGGAAAUGGGAGCAGCACACGCCACUUUCUCCACGGAAACAAAAACAACUCCAGCCACGACACGCCGCCAUACCUUUAAAAACACUUCCUGAGCGCCGCCUCUCCCCGAAUGAACGACGGAUCACGUUCUGCUGAAGCACAACUCUGGCCGACGUUGUACGAAAUGUAAUACUAAUGCUUUCUGUGACUGCUGAAUUCUGUUAGGGUUUUAAGGACGGCGUUCCGUCGUCUUAUCAGUGAAUGUCUGAGACUGAAUGAUUCCAGCUGUUGUUAGUAUUAACAGGAAAAUACAGAAGAUGAUGCUUGUAA